CUCUCAUCGUGUACUCCUCGACCAACUCCAACUAGCGUAUCUUUGCUACUCGAGAAAAGUAUGCCAUCGCAGUUAGGCAAAUGCUGAGAACAUGACUCUAAAAGCCAUUACUUUUACUUGACACCAUCGUGGGCGUAUAUUUGUGUGCUACUCCUUUAAUGACGAUUGUGUGAAGAAGCUGAGGAGAGAAGCAGUAGCGUACACAGUUACAAUCCAUGGCUUCCCACACAAACUUCACGCAUUCCAAGAAAAGUGCUAAAAACAGCACACCAGACCGGAGGUAACAGGCGUCUACUCUUUUCUGACACUGUUAACAAUAUCGUUAAACUAUGCGUUACUUUAUUUUAAAAGCACAAACUGACACUUUCAUCCCCGGAGCCAGCUUGCAGACUGAACGAUGCAAUUAAAACAUACCGUCACCAAGAACCAACCAUUGCACUGAGUAACCCGCAGUCAGAGCUGAAGAAGUAGAAAAUAUCGUUGUAAUAAACACGUGUUUAGACUAGUCUAGCCUUAAGGCAGCACAGCUUCUACCGCGCCCCACAAAGACACAUAAACACACACGCAACUACCGACUGGAUUCAGUGAUAUAAAUUCUUCCGAAAUACAAGGGACAGGAGGCUGUGAGGAUCACUUUGGACACAUUUUACCAUUUUGCGUAUCUUUCGCUGUAAAUGGAUCGUACCUAGGCAGCCCUGCUUCAAUAGGUGACGUCUGGCAGAAAGUUGAGAAAGUCCUUUGUCUUACCAUAGAGUAACUGUCACCAAUGAAAUCUACAAACAUUUGGGUACAGGUCUUGUCGUGAGAAUGAGGAAGGUAACAUUUGCAAUACUGUUGGGUGUGACUUUGUUUUGCACUGUUAAUGUAGGUUUUUGGAUGGGGAGUAUGUCACAGAUCAAGACGGAUACAGCAGUUUUAAAAUACAGAUUUGAAACGAUGCUGACUACUACAUCACAAGUCUCAGAAUCUUCUUUAUCCAGCUUAAAUGCCAGUGUUGAACUUGUAUCACUGCUUAGCAAUGUCUCAGUGACUCUUAGAAAUAUCAUUUCAAAUGAAGCUGCAUACUGGAAUAAAAAACAGCAUGAGAUUUUGUCACAGAUGGAUAAAGAUGAGUUCAAGAAUGCUGGGGCACAAUGCAGCAAGGAGACAGUUUCUACAGUAGAGGGCUUCAAUUCAUACCCUGAGCAGUUCAAGGAAUUUGUGUACUACAGCCACUGCAGGCAGGUCCCCAUAAUAAUUAAUCAGCCAACAAAAUGCAAACUAAACCCACCCUUUCUGCUGCUUGCCAUAAAAUCAGAACCUUAUAGCUUUGUGAGACGGCAAGCAGUUAGAGAGACAUGGGGCAAAGAAAUGGUCUAUGAUGGUCUGCAAGUUCAUACUGUGUUUAUUUUGGGGUCAAGUUUUAAUGAGUUUGAACCAAACAUGCAAAGCCUGCUAAACUGUGAGAGUGAGACUUACAAAGAUAUCCUGCAGUGGGAUUUUAAAGACUCCUUCUUCAAUCUGACUUUGAAAGAAAACCUGUUGUUAAAAUGGAUUAUUGAUUUUUGUCCAGAUGUAGCUUUUGUUUUUAAAGGAGAUGAUGAUAUAUUUGCCAAUCCUCUUCAGAUUGUAAGACAUCUGUAUUCCCUUGAUAAGAAAAAGGCCAAAAAUCUCUAUAUGGGUCAGGUUGUUACCUAUGCAUCACCUAUGAGAGAGCGGAAAAGCAAAUAUUAUAUCCCCGACUCAUUCUAUAAAGGCGGCUAUCCUCCUUAUGCAGCAGGUGCGGGGUUUGUUUUCUCUGGACACCUUGCGAGGUGGAUGUACCUGGUUUCAUACUACAUUCCAUUUUUUCCCAUAGAUGAUGUGUACACAGGCUGGAUUAUGAUAGCGCUGGGAGUGCCGGCACAGUUGCAUCCACAGUUUCAAACAUUUGAUAUUGCAGAAAAAGACAGACUUAACCCUUGUGUUCAUAAACAACUGUUUAUAGUUCACCAGAGAAGCCCACAACAUAACAAACAACUUUGGAAAGCUAUACAGGACCCCGGCCUGCAAUGCUGAAUGACACAAAAACAUAUUAUCUAAUGUCAGCUGGUGGCUCUGUGUUCUAACUAAUGUGGAGGUUUCUGUGCUUGUAAGAUGAGCUUCAUAUGGCAUACAAACAAUAUUGUGCUUUCUUGACCCUUCUGAAAUUACCUGUCUGUCUUGAAGUUUGUCACUGUUUUUGAUGCUGUAGCUUUCUCAGCAACACUGGCUUGUAUGUCAGUAACAUUCUGUGUGAAACAAAAGUUUCUUACAUUUCAUCUGAAACAUCUGCAUCUUUCACCAGACUAUGCCUUGCUGUUCUUAUAUAUUUCAUUUCUAGAAGGUGCUACCUUUUUCGACUUUCAUUUCCUUGAGGUUUGUGAAAGGUACUACACUGAACAGACUUCUGCAGUUGGUCCAUUAUAUAUUAUGCUUUUGUUUAUCUGCAGCUGUUUAAAAAAUAUAUCAGUAUCUUUGCCAGUAGAUGCUGAACCCUUCCAUGGCCCACACUGGAGUUGCCUGUCGACUACAUCUGAGCUACAUUACUGCUGUGCACCAUAGAUCCUAGUUCAUAACUUUUACAGUGUCUAGAGCUAUUCCUACAGUUGUCACAAGAAAAUGUCCGUUAUUAUGAUGUGAGAAGAAAGUUUAGGUUUAUGCUAACUACACUUGCAAAAUACUGAAAAAGAACAAUAACCAGCUUUGCCUUUACUUCCCCGAACAAUUGCUUAAUGUGUAUAAUUACUAUUCUUACCAGUAAUUUAAUAGUACCACUUGCAACCUCUAGUCAGUGUUUGAGAUGCCACAGAAAUUAAAUGAGGAGAUUGAUUCAGAAAUUACAAUGAUUCAUUGGAACAUUCUGAGGAUAACAGUCCAGAGCCAUGGUAGAAAAAACUAUGAGGAAAGUAAAGGAUCAAGAAGCCAUGACAACAGAUAUAGACCUGUCUUCUCUUCCAAAUGUGCUGUAUCUGCAGCAGGUUCCACAAAGUCACUAGUCACUGCCCUACUAUUGAAGGGCCAUUGAUGGGUACUGAAUCUUCAUACCACAUCCAAGGUAGAAAUGAUGUUUGUCACCAGCUCCCACUGAAUGCUGAAAGAACAUUGCUAAUGCUGGUUGAAGAUUUUGUGGAUUGUUCUUCCAGUGUAAAUGCAGGACUUGACAGUGGUCCCUAGAGGGUUCUCCUGAGGCUUCCUCUCCAGACUGCCAGAUGUGUGACUCACCAACUACACCUGGGGAUUAUACAAGCACAAGAACUCCACUGUGCCUUUCUCAGGCCUCUUUGUCUUAUUCCGAUCUGUUAUUAAUUUCAAGAAUAUUAUUUCUUGUCUGUAUCGGGGCAGUUGAAAACACCUUGUAACAGAGAGAGACUGAAUUGCGCCAUGGUCCACUAAAACUGGCCUCACCUACACCUACCACACCUACACAUUUGCUACCAUAUUAGGUUUGUUACCUUUUCCUCAGUUUUCAGUCCCUAUCAACAUCUCCAAGGGACAGAGAGAGAGAACUAGUCUUAUGUUACACACUGUAGCAGGAGGAAGAGGAGUUCUUUCUGCACUGAAACCAAGAAAUUGGAGGUAACUUUGUUACCUUACAUUUCUCCUUGACAAAGUGAGACAGUAAGCUUGUUUAUUUUGCCCUUUAAUUGCAUUUAACAUUCUGCCUUCCUUCCAUCCCUAUCUUGCCCUGACCCAUUCACCACCUGUACUAUGCCAGUUUCAAUGUCUUCAUGAAUUCCCUAUCCACCACCCUUUACAGUGGUACAUUCUUUGAAUCACUCUGUUUUUUAUAUAUAUAUAUAUAUAUAUAUAUAUAUAUAUAUAUAUAUAUGUAUAUCUCCAAAAUCCAGUUCUGUAUGAUUUUUCCCAUGGAAUUUGAGUAGUAGUUAUUUAUAUUUUAGCUUUAGUUUCAUUGCCCCUGUCCUUAUAGAUAUGUGUAAAUGAAGCAAUUUUCAGUCAUAAGGCACUGUAUAGAUAAUCAUGUAAUUAGUUCCUUUGAUGGCAUUAUUAACAAUUUGAUUUAAUUUUUCUGAACCUGUUAUGUAAUCUAAGCCAACCCACUGAUGUUGUGUUUCAUUUGUGUCUAGAUUCUGUUGUUUAUUAUUAAAAUUUAGGAACCAAGUUUUUAUAACAUAACAUUGUCCUGAUCUGUAUAAAACUCUCUAAGAAACUAUCUGCAUAUUUAUUUUCAGAAAUAAGAACUUGUAAAUAUCUGUAAUACAUACUGAGAAUUUCUGAAUUUGUUCAACUACAACAGGUUGUACAAACUGGUUUCUAAAGCUGAAGUGACAGCUUUACUCCCAGUCUCCAUUGUUACAUAUAAAAUAACUUCAUAA